AUGGCGGGAAGGGCAGGGGCGGGGCACGUCGCGAACUCUGUUCAUGGUGCGCGCUGCGUGGUGGUGGAGAGCACGGGGCAGCAGGGACAGCCCAGGAGCAAGGGGUUGAUGGCAAGUGGUGAGCAGUCGGGGCACUGCGGGGCUGCCAUGAGAGCACAUGGCCUGGUGGGUGUGAGCAGCAGAGCCGAGGCUGGGCAGGUCCCUGAGCCUCCGCUGGGGAGGCAGCCAGGGGCCCUUCUGUCGGGGGUGGCUGUGGUGGCUUCAUCUGCAGCUGUGGCAGCCUCCCUGGGCCAUGCCAGCGCUGUGAUGGAGCCCAGGCAGGAGCAGCAACAGCACUUGGAGCCCUGCGAAGAUAGAGCCCGCAGUGCCAGCGUGGAGGAGGUUCUCCUGGAGCGGGAGGAUGUAGCAGCCGAGGUGGAGCUGGAGUCCAUUGGCUAUGAGCAGAAGGAGGAAGUGUCAGAAGAAGACUUUGCAGCAGAGGAGCUGAGGCGGGAGGAGGCGCGCUGGGGCUCCAGGCCCGCCUGGGAGCAGCUGCAGCUCCUGCAGCUGGAGCUGAGCUUGGUGAAUAGCCGCGGUAGGAGGGCCUGUGCGUUGCUCAGGAGGCAGGUGCAGCAGAAUGACGAGACUCACCAGCGCCGCCGCAGAGCCAUCCUGCAGGACAUCCCAGGAUUCUGGCCACAGGUGGUGCAGGAAUUCAGCUUCCCCAAAGAACACUGCCGUAUAGAAUUGUCCUUCAGGAGGAACCCCUACUUCAAGAAUGAAGUGCUGGUUAAAGUGUAUGACCAGACGGGCAUGGGAUACAGGGCUUCUCAAUCUACGGCUAUCCGGUGGCUGAGGGAGCAUGAAGCAGAACGUGGCGGCUGCAGGACGCACCUGCGUGGGCACUGUUUCUCUGACUGGUUGUUGGGACGCAGUGUUCCAGGUUCCAGCAAGUUUGCCAGGUUUGUGAACCAUUCCCCGAUAUCUCCCAUCAUCUGUGAUAAGGACGAAGACAUCCUUAGCUACAUGACCAACCUACAGGUGGUCAAACUCAAGCAUCCCAGGAAUCGCUUCAAGAUCAGGUUGUUCUUCCGCAGCAAUCCUUACUUCUCUAACACAGUGAUUGUUAAGGAAUAUCGAGCUAACAUCAAUGGCUAUAGAGCAUAUCGUUCCUCUCCAAUUAAGUGGCUUCAGGGUUAUAUGGGUGAAGCUCCAAGGUGCAUGGCAUAUAACAACAGUGUCAGCAUGUUCAACUGGCUUGUGGACCACAACUGUCUAGACCGCAGCAGGAUUGCUGAGAUAAUCUGCAAGGAUAUUUGGCUCAAACCCCUGCCAUAUUACCUUGGGACUGAGGCAGCUGAAGAUGGAAAGGAGAAAGGUGAUGAGCAGCCCGUGUCCUUGG